AUGAGUACACAAACAGAAGGCCAAAUUAACUUUAAUAAUUCCAAUCAGCCACAAAUUGAGCCACCUUUACCAGCCUACAUUAGUUCAUCUAAUAAUGUACCUAAGACGAAUCAAAAUCAAAGAAUUUCACAAGAUUCAACUAUGGCAAAUAUUGUGACAAAUGAUACUUAUUAUAAUCAGAAAUACGAUGUUCCCCAGAGUGAAGGGCAUAAUAGUAACUCUGAACCUCCAAUGGUUGAGAAAAAAAUGGAAACUACUUUUAAUGACGUUUUUCCUGUUGAUAAACCUAAACUUGUAUUAAAUGAUUGGCCUUUUAUUAUAAUAUUUGGUAUUACUGUUUGCGGAUUUAUUGCCAUUGCAGCAUUGACAUUCAGAGGUUGGGCACAAACAUAUUCUGUUACAGGCUCUGGAAUAUACAAUUCCAGUAAUACCAGCUCACCAAACACAAAUUUUGCUAUUAUGUUAGUAUUUGCUUGUAUUAUUUCAAUUUGUCUUUCUACAUUAGGAUUAGUUCUAUGUAGGUAUUAUCCACGAUUCUUUAUAAUAGCUGGUAUAACAGUUAACAUUUUAGCUGCAUUAGGGACUGCCAUAAUGUAUAUGUCAUUACAUUAUUGGUCUGCUGGCAUCGUUUUCUUGGUUUUCACCUGUUUCACAGCAUUCUGUUAUUGGGGUAUGAGAAGUAGAAUACCAUUCAGUGUAGCAGUUUUAAAGAUUAUUAUUGAUGCUAUGAAGGUUUGUCCACAAACGAUGGCUGUGGGGUUAUUUGGAAGUUUAGUGGGUAGUGCAUUUGCAUUUUUAUUUUCAAUGACGAUUGCGGCCACAUAUAUAAAGUAUUACCCAGGUGAAGAUAAUCCUGCUUGCAAUGUUUCUGGCGGCAGUUGUUCAAAUGCUAAAUUAAUCGGUAUAUUGGUAGCGUUAUUCUUCUGUGGUUAUUAUAUAUCUGAAGUAAUAAGGAAUGUAAUUCAUGUAUCUGUAUCAGGAAUCUUUGGUUCAUGGUACUAUAGAUACAAGUCGGAUCAAGGUAUGCCAAAAUGGCCUGCAAUGGGGGCCUUAAAGAGAGGCCUUACAACGUCCUUUGGGUCCAUAUGUUUUGGAUCUUUAAUAGUAGCAAUUAUUGACACUCUAAGACAAUUUUUAAACCUAUUGAGACAAAGUUUAAGAUCAAAUCCUAAUAAUAACAAAUGGGCCGGUAUAUUCAUUUUAUUGCUAAGAGGAAUGGUGUCUGUUUUAAAAUGGCUUGCUCAGUAUUUUAACCAUUAUGCAUAUUCUUACAUUGCCCUUUAUGGCAAGACAUAUUUAAAUGCAGCUAAGGAUACAUGGCAUAUGAUAAGAUAUAAAGGAAUUGAUGCUUUAAUUAAUGAUAGUUUGAUAAAUACUGCUUUGGGGUUUUAUUCAUUAUUUGUGAGCUACAUUGCUACUUUAUUUGCCUUUCUUUACUUAAGGUUUACAAGUCCAGCGUAUAACAGCAUUGGAGCUUUCAAUGGAUCUUUUUUGGCGUUUUCAUUCGUUAUUGCCCUUCAAAUUUGUAACAUUUCUAGUGAAGUUAUCAAGUCUGGAGUUUCAACUUUCUUCAUAGCUUUGGCCAAUGACCCAGAAGUUUUCCAGGCCUCAUACCCUGAUCAAUUUGAUGAAAUUUUCCGUUCUUACCCUCAGGUUCUUGCAAAGUUAUCACAGCGCCAAGAGGUAUAG